AUGCUCACCAAGUCUCUCCUCUUCACGGCCCUCCUCAAGGCCGUUGUCGCGACGCCGAUAAAUCUCGACGAGCGACAAACCGCCUGCGAGGACAUACAUUUUUUCAUAGCCCGAGGAUCAACCGAACCAUAUCCGGGUGUCCAAAAGGACGUCGUCAACAGAGUAUGCGAGGGCUUGUCGAGCUGCGGGUACGAAGAUAUCAUAUAUCCCGCCACGCUUGAGGACUAUUGCAACUCAGCAUACGGGGGAGUCGCCAAUGGUACUGCGCAGAUCACAGCAUAUGCUAAAAGCUGUCCUGAGGCGAAGUUGGUUUUGACCGGCUAUUCCCAGGGAGGACACGUUGUAGGCGACAUACUUGGAGGCGGCGGCGGUCCUUUCCAAGACUGCACGCAGAAAACGAGCACGCCUCUAUCACCCGAAACCUCGCCCGGUAACCAGAUCGUAGCGGUGGUCUUCUUUGGCGACCUGCGUCACACAGCCUCUCAGACUUACAAUGUGGGAACAGGUGCCGGUGGUAAUGGACUCUGGCCGCGAUCCGGGUCGAAUCUCGGAUCCUUGAACAAAUUCUCGGAAUCAAUGCACUCAUGGUGUUUCGCCGAAGAUCCUGUCUGCGGUGGUGCCACUGGCCCGGAUUUUAGUGCACAUCUUAGGUAUUUCAAUGAGUCUACCCCCGAAGCUGCUGCGUGGGUGAAAACCAAGCUCUGA